AAUAAACAUGAAAUGAAGCAUGCUAUUUUUAAAGUUCACAUUUGUUGUAAAAAUUUCUAUAUAAUUGGGUGUGUCAAUAAUUAUAGUUAGAUCAACACUUGGGUUGGAAUAUACAUGAUGCUCAAAGAUUUGCCAUAGCGAAAAUGCAUAUAAGAUGAGGAAGUUUACAAUAAAUAGUGUGUUCAUGAUAUGUUGGCCUUGGUUGAUCCGUUUAGCGUAUUCAAAGGUUAAUGUAAUUGAAUAUGGAAAAACCAUCCAUACAUUCAAAGACGAGAUAACAGGAGUUGGACCAAGUUUUUCAGAGAAUGGCAUUAAGGGAAAACUUGUUUAUUUCGGACAAAUUUACAAUACUUCAUGCCUGGACUAUGGACCACAGUCUCACUUACAGAAUAGCAUAGCAUUGAUGAGACAACACGGCUGUGGUAUUGUGAAUAUGGUAAUUUCUGCACAACGCAUGAACUACAGUGCUGUUAUAAUUGGUAACAGGAAGAAUGGAGUUGAAAACCUUAUGAAUAUAUCAGAAACCACAGCAGCCAGUACCAAAGACAUAAAAAUUCCAUCCGUUUUUGUGGAGGAUACCGUUGCUUUGUAUUUACUAAACUUCGAUAUCGAUCAGAUGAGAAAUGCAUACAUACAAAUUACAAGAGAAGAAGAAGAAUCAAGUCCGUUUACCUGGACGGGAUAUAUUGUUGCUGGGGCACUUUUGUUUCUGUUGUUUGCUGCUAUAUGUUUCUGGAACUGUACUAACAACUGCCGAGAAAAGAUUGAAAUAAACAGCUGUAUUGGAAAGAAAAGGAGAACUUCAAUGCCAUCGUUUUGGAAUACAUCAGAAGUACACGAAUCACAAUUUAAAAAAGGUUUUAAAUACGACACAUGUCCAGUAUGUCUAGAGGAGUUUGUAAAAAAAGAAAAGUUAUGGAUCUUGCCUUGUGAACACGGGUUCCACGUUGAUUGCAUAAAACCAUGGUUGAAUGAAGGAGAAUGUAAAUGUCCAGUAUGUAAACAAAUGAUUAUUUCAAUCCCCCUUUGAACCAGUUCCGUAUCAACAUAGCAGUGGAAGCUGAUGUGGUUGAUACGAGGGAUGUAUAUACAACUUCAUUAACUUUAAUUUAAACACUUAGAAUAAUGAAAUAAACAUACCAAAUCAGGUCUUAAAAUAAACCUUAAA